UGUCCGGGACUGUAGCUUCCUAAUUUACUCCUUUAUUUUGUUAUUUUUAGUAUAGUCAGAGCGAGUAAUUUUAUUUUCUAUUUAGUCACUAGGGGUUGUCAUACUAGACACACUAAGUUGAGCCCUCUCUAGUCUUUAGUCCGCAUCGUUUUUAUCAUGGACCUUUAAGCUAACUGAAGAUAGAAAAGUUGUCAGUAGCGAACAUGCUAUUAAAAACUUUUACUCUUGUAGUUUUAGUCCUCAACAUUUCUGAAACUUUAGGCGCUUCCUAUGUUAUCACAGUUGAUGUAGGAAAACCGACAGGGGAUUUUAAACACUUCUGGAGAAGCACUGGUUUCUGCCCUCCCCUCCCUCACACCCAGGCCCACCAGUUUGACCUGAGCAUCGACCAGCAGCUGAAUCUGGCCUAUGUGGGCUCAGUCCCUCAUGGAGGGAUCCAGCAGGUCAGGAUACACUGGAUGUUGGAGCUGGUCACUGCACAAGACGUUGGAGGACAACCCCAAUAUAACUUCACUAACCUGGACCAGCUGAUAGAACUCUUGUGGGUCAAUGGGCUCCGACCAGGUUUCGAACUAAUGGGCAGCGUCUCUAACUACUUCAGCGACUUUGAGAACAAAACACAAGUGGUUGAGUGGCGAAAUCUGGUUUAUCUCACGGCCAAGAGGUACAUCGAUAAAUAUGGUCUGGGAAGUGUUUCUCAGUGGAACUUUGAAACAUGGAAUGAGCCCAACAAUCACGACUUUGAUAAUAUCACCAUGUCAGUUCAAGGGUUUCUAAACUAUUAUGACGCUUGUUCGGAGGGUUUGCGCGCUGCCAGCAAUCUCCUGAAGUUUGGAGGUCCGGGAGACUCUUGUCACACACCCCCACACUCCCCAUACUGCUGGGCCAUGCUGCAGCACUGCGACAAUGGCACCAACUACUUCACUGGGGAGACAGGGGUCAGGAUGGACUACAUCGCCCUGCACAAGAAGGGAGGAGGGUACUCUUUGCCCAUCCUCCAGCAGGAGAUCCAGACCGUAGGGGAGAUUCAGGAGCGCUUCCCCCGGUUCCGCAGACUCCCUGUUUACAAUGAUGAGGCUGAUCCUCUGGUGGGGUGGUCCAAGCCGCAGGAGUGGAGAGCUGAUGUGACCUAUGCUGCGAUGGUGGUGAAGGUAAUAAACCAGCACCAGGACCUGCUGCUAGCGGACCCGAACAGCACCAUCAACUACACCCUGCUAAGCAACGACAACGCCUUUCUCAGCUACCACCCUCACCCGUUCACCCAGCGCACACUGACCGCACGCUUCCAGGUCAACAACACCCACCCCCCUCACGUCCAGCUCAUCAGGAAGCCCGUCCUCACUGUCAUGGGUCUGCUGGCUUUGCUAGGAGAGACCCAGGUCACUGCCGAGGUUCUCAACUCAGCAGGAAGCCACAAGAACACGUUGGGAGUUCUCGCCAGUAGCCACGAGCCAGUCGUACCAGGUGGCUCAGACAGCUGGCAGGCGGCAGUACUGGUCUACAACAGUGAUGACAACAGCACCUCCACCAGCACUGACGAUAUCACCAUCUACCUGAAAGGACUAGCUGCACGAAAAGGUCUUGUGUAUGUCACAUAUUACAUGAACAAUAAUGUAACCAACCCAUACCAGCUGUGGCAGAGCAUGGGCAGUCCAGACUACCCCACAGCAGAACAGUUCAGACGCCUCAGGAGUGUGCAGGACCCUCAUACUGAAGGACCCAGGGAAGUUCCCACAGGCAACACUCUGACUCUUAAAGCCAAAUUGUCCCUGCCCUCUGUCCUCCUCAUCCAUGUUUGUGCCCGGCCCAAAGCCAUGCCAGACCAGGUCAAUGGAUUACGCUUCAUCAGGAUAACCAAAGGCCAGGUCCUUAUUAUCUGGUCUGACCACUGUGUUGAUUCAAAAUGCAUCAAGACAUUUGAAGUGGAAUUCUCCACAGACCAGAAGGAAUUCAGCAGAGUUAAUACAGAGGACACCAUUUUUACUUCUUAUGUCUAUUCACCAGUGGACCAGGAGGUUGGUGGUCUGUACAGGGUUCGAGCUGUGGACUACUGGGGACGGCCUGGACCGUACUCUCUGCCAGAGCACUAUUCAGAGGAGUCUUAGACCAAGGUCACGUCUGAUGUCUUAUCUCUCGUUUGCACUGAUUCUACUGUUGAUUUAUAGGGAGCGACACAUGUGUAUCAUAGAGAACUUUUAUACUUAUUUCACAUUCUGAUCUUGUCAUUGGAAACAAUGUGGCUGCCUUUAUAUGGGAUUUAUUUACAUCAGGACCAAAACCAGCAACAUAUCCAUCAGUCUGUCAGUAACUCUGUUUUAAGCCUGUUGGUUUGGCAAAACAGAGAGAGCUAAAGGAUCUCCUUCAACAGUUGGACACAACUCUCAGCUGGAAUAACUUUGAACAGUCAAGCACUGUAGUGAACGCUAAUCACGUUUGAGCCCCUGAGAGAAAUCACUAUGUCUAAAAUGCUUUUAACUCUUCACUUUGGAUACGGUACCUUCAUAUUAAAGUUGAGACUCACACUUCAAGCCCAUAAUCGUUAUGUAAAUGUUACUGUCAGUUUCCAAAAAUACAGGACCUGAUGACAGCUUGUCAAAUGCAGUGUUUCAUGUUGUUACAUUUUUUAUAUUUAGAUUGUUGCACAUUUAAGGCACAAAGUAUGUGUCUGUGCACUAGAGAAGUAAAAGUAAAAUCACCUGUUGGUUAUGUUGAAGUUUUCACAAAGACAGGAACAGCAGGAAAGUUUCUUUACAAAAUUUAUUGUCUCCAAUACAGUGUGACCAUGCUGUGCAGAUGUUAUGUCAUUCAUCAUUAAUUUCUUUAAUCGUGGGUGGUUGAAUUAGAUUCAUCGUUGGAAGAAUUACAGGUUCAUUCUCCUGAGAAUAAAUGUGUCUUCACGUUGGCCAAGAUGGUUCUUCCAUUUCAUUGAAGAGCUGCACAACAAACUCCAGC